AUGAGUUUCCUCGGAAUCGAAGGAUACCAUGUCUUCAUUACCGGAGCAGCCGGUGGCAUCGGCCAGGAAGCAGUCAAAGAAUUCCUUGGCCAAGGGUGCAAGGUUACAGGGCACGACCUCCGUCAGGUCCCUGCACCGACUACUGCAAACAGCUCCAACUUCUUUGCUGUGACUGGAGAUAUCUCAUCUGAGGAGUCAGUUGCAUCCGGUAUCAAAUCUGCCGUGGAGCAUUUCGGACCCAUCAAUAUUUUGAUUGCCAAUGCUGGAAUCACCGACGAGUCUUCUGAAUAUAACAUUUGGGAGAUUCCCUUGGAUAUCUGGGAAAAGACCUAUAACAUCAAUAUUCGGGGUACAUUCCUCACCAUUAAACACUUCUUGCAAAGUGCUAAGGAGGCCCAGAGCGCGGCGGGCAACGCGGAGCUCGAGAAUCUGGCAAUCGUCGUCACUGGGUCCGAGACUGGCAAGUUUGGCCAAGCGGGACAUACCGAGUAUGCCUCUGGCAAGGCGGGCCUGCAGUACGGGCUUGUUCGCGGGGUUAAGAAUGAGAUCGUCAAGAUCAACUCGAAAGCACGCAUUAAUGCCGUCGCACCUGGAUGGGUUGAUACCCCUCUGAUCGCCGGGAGACUGGAUGACCCUAAGGAGAUGUGGAAUGAGGCUCAGGCUACGGUCCCACUCAAGAAGAUCGCACAGCCCCAAGAUGUCGCACGUACUAUGGCGUUCCUGGCCAGUCAUCGAGCGGCUGGGCACAUCACUGGACAAUGCCUUUCUGUCGAUGGAGGCAUGGAGGGGCGUGUGAUUUGGAGGGCAGAUGAAGUGCUGGGUAAAGAGAACACUCCUAUCCAAGCAAAUGCCAUGACAGCGAACAUCACUCAACCUGUCAUGACCAAAAAGAGACGCAUUCAAAUUCUUCUCUCUGUUGACUUUGAUGCUGUCUCAGGCUUCCUUGGAACUGGAGCAUCUGAAAACAACAGCCUGUCCGAUUAUAGCAGUGGAUAUUUUGCAGCUCAGGUGGGAGUACCGCGCUUGCUACGACUUUUUAAGAAGCAUGGAAUUUCUUCGUCGGUCUCUUGGUUUGUGCCAGGUCAUUCGAUGGAGUCGUUCCCCAACGAGACCAAAAUGAUUGUUGAUUCUGGCGCUGAGGUCGGAUGCCAUGGUUACGCACACGAGGGUGCUGCUCAAAUGACAGAGGCGCAGGAAAGAGAGGUUAUCACCAAGUGUGUUCAGCUUGCAACUGAGUUGACUGGGCAGAAGCCGCGCGGCUGGAGAGCACCGCUCUAUCUGCUGAGAGAGCAUACGGUGAAGGUCUUGGAAGAGUUUGGGUUCUUGUACGAUACCUCCCUCACACAUCACGAUUCGGCAUUGUACUUCCUCCCUGAGCUUCCGCCUAUCAAGCCGAUUGACUUUUCUCCUUCUCAAUCGGCCACCACAUGGAUGAAGCCCCUUGCGACGGCCGGCCCCAGAACAGACAAGACCCUCGUGGAGAUCCCUUGCAACUGGUACUUGGAGGACAUGACGCCGAUGCAAUUUAUCCCUUCGUGCAAUAACUCUCACGGAUUCGUCAGCCCAACUGCGAUUGAAGAGAACUGGAAGUCUCGAUUCGAGUUCCUCUAUAACGAGACCGAGGACUUUGUCUUCCCUCUGGUCUUGCACCCUGAUACGAGUGGUAUGGCUCAUGUUAUUGGGAUGAUUGACCGAGUGAUCACAUGGUUGAAGCAGAAGGGGGAUGAAGUGGAGUUUGUUACUUAUGAGAACUGUGCGAGGGAGUGGAAGGCUAAGCAGGAUAAAUAG